AUGGAUAGCAAGAAUGAGGGUUCAUCAAGCUCUUUUCCAAUGGGCAAAACGGCCCAAGAAAAAGGAUUGUCACAUGUACCUGAAUGUUAUAUGAUUCCACCUUCACAUAGACCUAGUUUAAAUCCAGAGACAGCCAAUGUGCCUGUCAUUGACUUGGCUGGGUUGGAUAAGGACCCUGCACAACGUUCUCUCAUCAUCAAAAACAUUGGAAAUGCUUGUCGCACCAAAGGCUUCUUCCAG